UGCGGUUGUGCCAGCUACGACGUGGAUUUAGGUCGUUAUCUUUGAGGUGCUCGAAGCUCAUUUGAAUUCAAGCCAAGAGCUAAUUGCGGCAGUGGGCAGAAAUGAAGUGCCUGAUAGUGUUCGGGGUGAUUGUGGCCGUGUUGGGAGCCUUUGUCGGCUACGGCUACUUGGUGUUCUCGGAGCUGACACGUCCGCUACCGAAGCCGGAGUUCAGCGACAGCACGUACUGGGGUCCCGGCGAGGCCAAAAACUAUGUGCCCGACAAGAAGAUCUACGAGUUCCGGCUGGACGUGCCACAGGCGGAGAUCGAGGAUCUGCGCCAGCAACUGAAUCGCACCCUGCGGCUCGCCGAGCCACUCGACGGGAUCGCGUUCGAGUACGGUUUCAACUCCUAUGCCUUGGACCAGUUUGUUGAGUACUGGCGCGACAAGUAUCUGACCAAAUGGGAUGAACGCCAGGAGCUGUUCAACAAAUUCAAGCAGUACACCACCGAGAUCCAGGGCCUGAAUAUUCACUUUAUUCGCGAGAAGGCUAGCGCGGAGGCAGCCGCCAAGAAGCAUGUCUAUCCUCUGCUGCUGCUGCACGGCUGGCCGGGAUCGGUGCGUGAGUUCUACGACAUUAUUCCCAUGCUGACCAACGACCAGAACGUGACGGACUAUGCCUUCGAGGUGGUGGCUCCCUCCCUGGUGGGCUACGGAUGGUCUGAUGCUGCCACUCGUCCCGGAUUCAAUGCCGCCGAAAUGGCCACCGUGAUGAGGAACCUGAUGCUGCGUCUGGGCCACAAUAAGUUCUUCAUUCAGGGCGGCGACUGGGGCAGCAUCAUCGGCAGCAACCUGGCCACCCUCUAUCCGGAGAACGUGAUCGGCUAUCACUCCAACAUGUGCGUCCUCAACUCGCCGUUGGCCAUCCUCAAGGGAAUCUAUGGCACCUACUUCUCGGAAAAGAUUAUUCCCUCUCGUUUCUUCUACGACCACCACUUCCCCGUGUGGGACAAGUACGCGGACCUGCUGCGGGAGAGCGGCUACUUCCAUAUCCAGGCCACCAAGCCGGACACCAUUGGUGCUGCCCUCGCCACCAGCCCGGUGGGCCUGGCCGCCUACAUCCUCGAGAAGUUCCAGUACUGCACCAAUCCCGGCAUGCAGCAGGACUUUGGGGCCAUCGUCACCGUCUUUGGCCUCGAGCCGGUGCUGGACAACCUCAUGGUCUACUACCUGACCAACUCGAUCACCACUGCGGUCCGUUUCUACGCGGAGAACGUGUCCAAGGCGUACCGCGAUCUGCAGCUGGACCGAGUGCCCACGCCCGUGCCCAUGGGCUGCUCUCGUUUCCGCUACGAUCUGCCCUCCGUCACGGACUGGCAGCUGCGCGACAAGUUCCCCAACCUGAAGCACUCCAUGUACUUCCAGCAGGGCAGCCACUUUGCCGCCAUGGAGAUGCCUGCCAUGCUGUACCAGGAUUUCACCGCCUUCGUUGGCAAGAUCGGUCUCCACGGUGAGAAGCCAAAAUAAAGUAGUUUUUUUCUAUGAUUAGCAAA